AGGUGAGGCGGUCCCGGCCCUGCCUCUCCCUCCUGCCGCAGCCUCUUUGCUUCCCUCCCGGCCGGCGCUGCGCUGGGGGUGCCGGCGGCAUGGCGGAGUCCCAGGUGCUCCUGCUGGACGAGCUGCACGUCAACGAGAAGGUGACGGAGGCUCAGGCUCGGUUCUACUACAGCGAGGAGCAGCGCCGAGCCCUGGAGGCGCUGGUGACCCGCGGCGAGGCGGCGUAUCGGGAGGCGCUGAGGAAGGAGCAGCUCCGCGACUUCCUCUCCAGCCGGGAGCUGCAGGACCUGCGGGGCGGAUGGCGGGGGUACGACGACCCCCGGGAGGGCGGCAAGGUGGCGCGGGGGCCCGGCGGCGAGACCCUCUCGCUGGCCUACUGGCCCGAGUGCUCGGACACGGAGGUGCCCCCGUUGGACUUGGGCUGGACCGACAAGACCUUCUACCGGGGUAUCAGCCGGGUGUCUCUCUUCACGCACCCCCGCAAGGAGGAGAGCGCGCCGCACCUGAAGGAGGUGGUGCGGGAGAUGAUCCAGCAGGCGCAGAAGAUUAUUGCAGUGGUCAUGGAUGUAUUUACAGACCGGGACAUCUUCCGCGAUAUCGUUGAUGCAGCAUAUAAGCGCUGGAUCCCCGUCUAUAUAAUCCUAGAUGAGGAGGGUGUGAAGCUUUUCCUGGAAAUGUGCAGAUGUCUUGACCUCAGUGACUUGCAAAUCCGGAAUAUCCGCAUACGUUCUGUGACAGGAGUUGGGUUCUACAUGCCAUCAGGGAAGAUCAGAGGCACACUGGCCUCCCGAUUCCUAAUGGUGGAUGGUGAAAAGGUGGCCACUGGAUCAUACAGCUUCACAUGGACUUCAUCCCACAUCGACAGAAACAUCCUGCUAGUCUUGACAGGACAGCAUGUAGAAAUGUUUGACGUUGAGUUUCGUGAGCUCUAUGCCAUCUCAGAGGAAGUUAAUUUAUUCAAGGAACUGGGUAUUGCUAAUCCAUUCCUUCUUGGAAUUGGGAAGCCAGGCUUUCAUUCCUCCACUGUGGCUAGGAAGUUCAUCAACCCCAAGUAUGGUUUAGUUGCAGGGGCAACCCGUGGUGAUAUGAUGCUCUGGGCUUCACGACACAGGCAAGAUAAUCAGGGAAACAUGGAAAAGGAGGAAACAAGUGAGUCAAAGAAGCGGUUGAAUCAGUUUCUGAAUGACUUAGUCACAUUGGAGCAAGUAUUCCCAGAAAUAGAUCCCCCUCUGGAGAACUUGAACAAGCUGAAUCGGAGCCCUCAGAAACUGUUGUCCCGGCUCCACAUGGACCUGAAAAAUAAAUCCAAAUCCAGAGAAUCUAUUCGUGAUGUGAAGAAGGAAGAGGCACUGACCAAUUCAAAGCAAGGAAAACGGUUUGCCAGUGGGCUUUUCAGUCGCAAGGCCAAACGGUCUCCAGGCUCAAGCAUUGAGGCCAAUUCUUUUGCCAGUGAAGGACAUUCAGGAGAAGACCUUGGGAACAUGAAACUGGAAUAUGAGCGGCUCAGCAUUGGCCGUGCUAGCGUUCGGAGCACUGGAGGCAUCUCAGGUAACCUGAAUCCAAACUCCACUAUGAGCGAUAAAAACAAACAAUCCACCUGUGUGUUAUCUUGAUGGGGAAGAAUUGUCUGGAGAACUGAAGACUGAACAAGCUGGAACAGUAACUUCUUAAUUGAUUAGAACCUUCAGCCAUAUCCUCACGCAGUGGUCUGUAAAGCCACUGCACGGUCCUGGAUGCACCUGGCACCCCCAGUUAAAGCACAUUUCUGGGUGAAGCUUAGACUUUGGAUGGUCGGUCCCUUAAAUGAGGGUUAGUGAUGAAUGUAUUAGUCCAUAUGUCUGUGUGCACACAUAUUUUACAUAUAAAAACAACUGUGAUGACUGGUCUCAGAGCUCGCUCUGUGUCCAGAUAAAUGCAGGAGAUUUUCUGACUUACUUGUGCUGCUACUUCAGUCUGUCUGGCUACAGACUAGGAAUCACUGUAUUGCAUUGUUUACUCUACUGCACUGCAAAAAUGUAUUGAUCUGACUGGCUGGAAGGCUAAAUCCAAUCGAAGUGGCAAAUUCUGGGUGAAAUAAGGAUGUUUACAGACAGUGUAGCAAUCUUUUGUCCACUAGGAGUCUUCCUGUAGAUUCCUGUUGUCAAUUACCAAUGCAGAAAUGAGUGCUCUGGAGGAAGGGUUUACCUAACAAGAGGCCAACAGAUUAGUAUCCAAACUGUUUCAUAGCAUAAAUAUAGCAGUUGAACAAAGUGAUUUAGCAAGAAUGUAGUAAAGAGGAAAAAUUGAAUACAGGGGAAUGUUCAAACUCCAGUUCAGACUGGGUCAGGAAAAGUGCCUUAUAAGGGGGACAGGGCAGAAUCUGGGAGCAAUAAUGCAGACUACAGUGGCUGUUAGAAAAUCCUCCUCAUUCAGCAGUACUUUACCAUUCAUGGAAACCAAAUUAUUAAGGAGCACAUCUCUGAGAGCUGAAAGAGGAAGCAGAGGAGGCAUGCAAGCUUUUCAAAUGGCCUUUUUUUCUUUAAAGUUAACCUUUCCAAACUCUAAAUCAUGCUAAAAUUGAGAGCUAUGAUCCAUAAGAAGAAUUGUGUGCAAUCAGACCAAAGGCCAUCUCAUCUGCUAUUCUGUCUCUGAGAAUAGUCAGUAACAGGUGAUCACAGAAGCAUAAAAUACAAAGGUUGUAUACAGAGAUCUUUCUCUGACACCAUUCUAGCAUUCUAUGGACUUUCUGAACUGGCAGUUCCUUCUGGACCUGGCCUUAACGCACUUAGUCGCUUUCUAAAAAUCCUUUUCUACUUUUGGCCUCCACACUGUUCUGAGUCAACAAACCCCAAGUUCAUUGUGUGGUACGAAAAAGAACUGUUGUCAGGCUGUUUUAGUAGUUUUCUUGAUGAUUUCCGUGAGUGAUCCCAGUUCUUACACUGUCAGACAUGGUGAUGACCAACCCUAUUCCUUGUCUCCUUGCCACUCGUGAUUUUACAGACCUAUAUCAUAUAUGUCCUCAGUCAUCACUUUUUCCAAGUUGCAGGCUCACAGUACUUGUAGCUAUUCAUUAUAUGGGAUCUGACUGACACCUCUGUCCUCUUGUUCACUAGCCCUUUUCCAGUUCUACUCACUAACAGAGUGGAGAAGCGGGUUGUUUUUUGUUUCUACAGUGUGCAGAUUGAUGCUUCACUCUGCUUUCUUGCCAUCUAAAUUACAUACUCUGCUGUCAUAAAUAAGCCCUCUUGUGAUACCUAAGAAAAAUAGAUCCUAAUUGUAAGAAGACACCUGAGAGCUAACAUACCUGCUAGCCAAAAAAAUAUUCAAACAUCAGAAAAACACAGGUUUAGUUUUCUUACUUUUUGUUCAGAGAAACUAUCUCGUUGCACAACAAGUUCACAGUAAAGGCAGUUGAUACACUCCCAACACAGAAUAAGCUGUUCCAAAGACUCUUCCAGGUGCUGGGUUGCAAUAAUGGUUGUUACACUCAAACAGCUGUCUGUAGUUGAUGAUAAAAUGCAAUUGAUUGAUUGACUGACUGACUGAUUGAUUAAUUGCCUUUCCUGGAAGUGUAUUUAACUUGAACAGCAAGCAGGUCUGUUUUAUUGUGUUUACCCUGCAGAGUGUCUUGAGACCCUAAAAUAUCAAAGGUAUUGUGCCCUCUGUUAAACAUACUCAUCCUCGCUCAGUGGAUUAAAUACUUGCUAGUCUGUAUAAUAUUAUAUGUAGCCUUCUGGGAACAAGUUGUAAUUUUACAGCUGAGUCUGUCAGCUCAUAUUAUGAGCAGUGUUUUAUAAAAUUGUUCUGGUAAUGGGGAAAAAAAGGUGUUGGAAAUGACACCGCCAUUUGGAUUUAGAAGUAACUUAAAACCUGAGUUAUCCUGUUGACUUCAUGUGUGCCAAAAGCUACUCGUAUGUUUGUAGGAUUGUUGAAAGUGGCUUGAUUUUUGCCAUACUUUGAUUACUCUCCAGACUUUUGGAGACUUCUUUUUUUCUCUCUUUGUAUUUAUUUCACUUUGUUAGCAGAGAUCAGAGAUGAAUUUAUCAGGCCAAUGUUGUUCCACUUUUUGUUCCGAUAAGAACAUUGUCAACUGGUGCUCCCUUGUUCUCCCAGGCUUUCAGAAUAUUUAUUUUUUAAUUGUGCAAUAGGUUAAUUAACUAAUUAGUACCACAUUGAUAUAUAUGGUCAGGUUUUCCAGGCAGUCCUCUGUCUCUUUGUGUUUAUGUCUUUGUUACUUCAUCUUGGGGAAGUGACUUCACAAAUAGUCCGAGAGGCUGAUUUCACUUCCUUCUGUGCUUAUGUAUUAAUGUGCUUUACUUUCCUGUGAUGGACGUCAGAGCACUUUUCUUUAACCUUGUCAACUAACAUGAGAGAGUUGCUCAUCUGUUGGUCUUCUUUGUUGCCACAUCAGUUCCUGAAAGGUAGUGUUCACUCGUUUUUAAAUUCUUUCCAUGGAAGUCAGUCUCAUGCCUUGACUCCAGAGGCUAGUAGAAUUCCUUAGGCUUAUCACAUACUGCUUAAUUACUUAAUUUGAGAGAACAAACUUACUUUUUUGCAUGAUAUAAAUCUGCUUCUUAGUCAUCAUGACUCUCAGGAUGCAUGAAGCCUUGUUGAUCCAGAGUGGAUGUUUCAGGCUCUGGUGGAACUUGUUCCUCCCUGAAGAUAAGAUCAGCUGAACUUGGACUAUUUGGCUGCUCCUAUGGCAACAGAAGUGAGUCUGGGUGAGGUGACCACAUUUAUUUUGACUAGUUUUGCUAAUUGUGGUUCUUAAUGAGUGCUAGAAACCUGAGGCUGUGACCUGUAAAAUGAACCCCUCUCGCUCUCCAGAUAAAAUGUGGUUGAUGGUGCUGGGAGUCAGAGUGACAAAGAGCAGUGGUCAGGGGUUCUGGUACAGCAGUCUUCAAAUAAGCUGUCAUUUGGUCCUUGCCUAAAAAAACAGAAUCAGAUUAACUGUCUUUGGCAUCUGUGUCCUGACCCUGUACAAUCUCAAGAGGAUGCCUGUUCUCUGCAUCUCUUUUACUCCUUGGCUUGUUAGCCCAGGUUUGCUGAUCUGUGGGGCCUACAACUGUGGUCCUGGUUUUAACAGAAAGUUACAAAGCUGGGGCUCACGGCUCUUUAUUUCUGGCGUGAAACAGUGAGUGUUUCAGAAUGAGACUCCUGGCUGAAUGUGUGCCCUCUGGGUUUCUUUUGGUAUGUAUUUGUAUAUUUAAUGUAUAUGUGUCCAGUUAAUUAUGCUGGAGACCUUUUCUAAGUCAAACAAAUAAACUACUGUGUUAAAUUUAGAUACUUUGUUCAUUGGUGUCACUUGCAGUUUUCUCUGCUUAAAUUCCUGGGUUUGGGGGAUUUUUCUUGUUUAUUUGUCAAGGACUUGUACUGUCUGGAUUAGAGCAGCUUUCUGUGUUACAGGUGAACAUCUUUGGCCAGUGUUUGGCAGUACUUGUUAAAAGAACUGGGGGCAGCUGAAUUCCCCACAAAUACAGUGUUCUGUGGCUUUGAGUAACUUGAGAGAGAUUUAUUCGUUCCUGCUUUCUCACUGCUGGAGUAGGCUGUAGCAGAUGACCACUUCAGUUUUUCUUUAUUUUUCUUUUACUACUUUGCAGCUGAACUGCAGCUGUAAAUGCAUCUGACAAAGUGCCACCUCGGUUUCCCUUUCCAUCUUUCUUAUACAAUUUGUACCCCUCAGCAAUGACAUUUCAUUUAUGAAACUGAGUCCCUGUGCUACAUUUCAGUUUUACCUGGUACGAUGUAAUUCUUGACAUUUAAGUAACUCACAAGCUCUUGUUUCCCAUGCUCCCUUUGUUUGUGUGUACAAAAGCCUGUUUUAAAAUUCCUGACCAUGUUUCAGAAUAAAUCCAGCCUCUAUUUUA